AAUAAAAAUUUUAUUUGCUUUAAGAAAUACUCUGAGAUGAACUAUCAGCUAAUUGGAAGCUUUAGUGCAGCAUCAAAUGUCACUGGUAUUAUCACAGAUGAUAAAGCUGUGACAGUAUUGCUUCAUAAAUAUGGUGCGUUGUCAUUUUGGGAUUAUGCUGCAGCAGGACCAUAUGUAAAAAUUGAUAUGAAUCCCAUUGUUAUGGGGCAGCAUGAAGGUCUGGCAUACAAAGAUGCUAUUUUUUUAUCAGUACACAAAUUUGUUGGUGGACCAGAUAGUCCUGGUGUUUUGGUUGCAAAAAAGUUCUUAUUUAAAAAUCAAGUUCCUUGUGAGCCAGGGGGAGGCACUGUAUUCUUUGUAAGUCGCAAUACUCGCAGAUACUUAAAAGAUAUAGAAAUGCGUGAAGAAGGAGGAACUCCAUCUAUUAUAGGUGCUAUAAGAGCUGGUAUGGCUUUUCAACUGAAAGAAGCUGUUGGUGUUGAAACCAUAGCUAAAAGAGAGCACGAUAUUUGCAGAAUGGCCUUACAAAGAUGGCAAAAUACUCCAGGUCUUCAUAUCUUAGGCAAUGUGACUGUAGCAAGAUUGCCUAUUUUUUCCUUUGUAAUAUUUCAUCAGAAGUCAGGCUUGUACUUGCAUCACAACUUCAUUUGUGCUUUACUAAAUGACAUAUUUGGAAUUCAGACACGCAGUGGAUGUGCAUGUGCUGGUCCAUAUGCACUUGAUCUUUUAGGAAUAGAAGAACCUUUAGCUGAGCAGUUUGAUGCACUUCUUGCAGAAAACAGCUCAUUAGAUAGAACACACCUUCGUAGACAAAAGGAAUACUCUGAAAGAGAAGUGUUACGUCCUGGGUUUGUUCGUGUAACUCUUCCAUUUUUUAUGUCUGAUUCAGAUGUGCAUUUUGUGUUGGAAGCUAUAGCAAAAGUUGCUGAACAUGGUUGGAAAAUUCUUCCUCAGUAUUCUUUUAAUCCUGAAACUGGAGAAUGGAAGAACAAGACAGCUGCACUGGCUUUCCGUGGUAGAAAAUGGCUAAGUUCUAUUUCCUAUGAAACAGGUUCUUUUAAAGUCAAAGAUGACAGUAUAAAUGAUGCUGCAGUUUUGGAUAAUGAGGAUGUGUUACUAGAAGCUGAGAAGAUCUUUCAGAACUCCACACAGAUGGCUUUAAGGAAAUUCACAGCUGAUCAGCAUCUAAUGUUUGAUGAAGAUUCUUCAUGUAUUAGAUGGUUUUUGCUGCCGAGCGAAGCAAAAAGAUAUCUACUUGGAGAACUUCAGAACCCUAUUAAAAAUCCUGUUUUUACCAUACGGAGUGCUAGAGGUGUGCAUCCAAGUGAAAACUUUAAUCAGAUACCUGAAAUAUUGAAUAACAUUGAAAAUGAAAAUGGUAAUAGUACAGAUUUAAAUGUUAAUCCUCUCACUGAAAAUGUGAAUUUCACAAACAAAGAAAGUGGCAAUAAUUGUGCAUUACUGAUCCCUAAUCUUAAACAUAUUGUUCACCAUGAUCUGAUGCGCUGUCGAUGGAAAUCUCCUCCUGCAUCAAUAUUUAGACCAUUUUUAAAGGCUUUGGAGACUUUUCAUAUGAUCACAAAUGGUGAUAGGAUUUUAGUCUGUGUUUCAGGUGGCAAGGACUCUCUGUCAUUAGUUCAUACUUUGCAUCAAUAUCAGUUUUAUGCUAAAAAAAAGGGUGUAUAUUUUGACUUAGGGUGUAUGACUGUUGAUCCAAAGAGUCCUUCUUAUGAUCCUAGUCCUCUGAAGGAUUAUUUCAAUGCACUUGAUAUCCCUUACUUUUAUGAAGAGCAAGAAAUUUUGAAUCAAGCAUUGAACAUUGAAAAAUGUAAAUCCAUAUGCAGCUUCUGCAGUAGAUUAAAACGUGGAAGGAUAUAUGCUUGUGCUCGUAGGGAGAAUUAUAAUGUCAUCGCUCUUGGACAGCAUUUAGAUGAUUUGGCUGAAAGUUUCCUCAUGUCAGCCUUUCAUAAUGGCCGAUUAAGAACAAUGAAAGCUCAUUACACUGAUAAGUCUUCUUCUGUUAGAAUAAUUAGACCCUUUGUAUUCGUCAGAGAAAGGGAUCUCAGGAGGUUUGCUGAAGAGAAAAAACUUCCAGUUAUACCAGAAAACUGUCCUGCAUGCUUUGAAGCUCCAAAAGAACGUCAUCGUAUGAAGCAACUCCUGGCAGCUCAAGAAAUAAUGUUUCCUUCUUUAUAUUUAAGUCUGAGAACAGCUAUGCAUCCACUAAUGGCUGUUAGUGUAACUGGUGCUGAAAAUAAGAUUAUUUGGCAAAUACAGUAUAAGACAUUUACUAAAUGAUAGGACUGAAAGUGAGAGUUCUGUUGAAGCGUUUGAAUGAUUUUUACUUACUUAAAGUUUUAUUUAUGUAUACCUAAUAAAAUAUUUAUGUUUAACAA